UCUCCCUCACCCUCACCAACUCCCUCACCCUCAUCAUCUCCCUCACCCUCACCACCAACCCCACCCUCAUCAACUCUCUCACCCUCACCUUCUCCCUCACCCUCACCUACUCCCUCACCCUCAUCAACUCUCUCACCCUCAUCAUCUCCCUCACCCUCACCAACUCCCUCACCCUCAUCAACUCUCUCACCCUCACCAACUCCCUCACCCUCAUCAAGUCUCUCACCCUCAUCAACUCCCUCACCCUCACCAACUCCCUCACCCUCACCAACUCCCUCACCCUCAUCAACUCUCUCACCCUCAUCAUCUCCCUCACCAACUCCCUCACCCUCACCACCAACCCCACCCUCACCAACUCCCUCACCCUCAUCAACUCUCUCACCCUCAUCAUCUCCCUCACCCUCACCACCAACCCCACCCUCAUCAACUCUCUCACCCUCAUCAUCUCCCUCACCAACUCCCUCACCCUCACCACCAACCCCACCCUCAUCAACUCUCUCACCCUCACCAACUCCCUCACCCUCACCAACUCCCUCACCCUCACCAAGUCCCUCACCCUCAUCAACUCCCUCACCCUCAUCAACUCCCUCACCCUCACCAACUCCCUCACCCUCACCAACUCCCUCACCCUCACCUACUCCCUCACCCUCAUCAACUCUCUCACCCUCAUCAUCUCCCUCACCAACUCCCUCACCCUCACCACCAACCCCACCCUCAUCAACUCGCUCACCCUCAUCAUCUCCCUCACCCUCACCAACUCCCUCACCCUCACCUACUCCCUCACCCUCAUCAACUCUCUCACCCUCAUCAUCUCCCUCACCCUCACCACCAACCUUCCUGCCUUUUAUUCCAUUGCGUUCUUGUUUUCUUUUUCUGACUCUCAGAUGUGUGAAAAGUUGGUUGAACAGGCAGUGA